AGCCCCGGGCUUCAUCUUCUUAACUUGGGUCCCGAGAGGAGGGGGAGGGGGGAAAAGGAGAGAAAGAGGGAGAGAGAGCCCCCCAAAGAAGGAGGAGGAGGAGGAGGAGGAGGAGGAAGAGGCGAGAGGGACGGAGAAAGAGCCUCUGAGCGAGAGCGAGAGGCACCCAAGGCAGCGGCGAGCGAUGACCAUGACCAGCAUGCCAGAGAGCCUGAGCAGCCCGGUCUCGGGCAAGGCGGUCUUCAUGGAGUUUGGCCCUCCGGGGCAGCAGAUGCCCCCCUCGCCGCUCUCCCACGGACACUACUCCAUGCACUGUUUGCACGCGGCCGGACACGCGCAGCCCGACAGCUCCUACACCGCCGCCUCGUCCUUCUCCCGGCCCCUGGGAUACCCCUAUGUCAACUCCGGAGGAGGCAGCCACCCCGGGAACCCCUACAUGAGCUCCGUCCAGUCCUACCCCAACAGCGCCAGCCUGGCCCAGGCCCGCCUCGAGGAGACAGGGACCGAGGCGGAGAAGAGCACGGUGGUGGAAGGCGGCGAGGUGCGCUUCAACGGCAAAGGCAAGAAGAUCCGGAAGCCGCGCACCAUCUACUCCAGCCUCCAGCUCCAGGCCUUGAACCGGCGCUUCCAGCAGACCCAGUACCUGGCGCUGCCCGAGAGGGCCGAGCUGGCCGCCUCCUUGGGACUCACCCAGACGCAGGUGAAGAUCUGGUUCCAGAACAAGCGCUCCAAGUUCAAGAAGCUGAUGAAGCAGGGCGGGGCGGCGCUGGAGAGCGGCGGGGUGGGCCUGGCCAACGGGCGGUCCCUCUCGGGCGGCUCUCCCCCGGGGGCCCCGGUCUGGAGCAGCCCCUCGGCCGCGGGAAAGAACUCCUCCUCCGCCUCCUCGGCCGCCGCCGCCUCGGGCGCCUACAUCCCCAGCUACACGUCGUGGUACCCCUCGGCCCACCAGGAGACUCUGCAGCAACCCCCGCUCAUGUGAGCCGCCGCCGCCGCCGCCGCCGCCGCCCGGGCCUGCCCUCCUUCCUCCUGCCCUUUCUUUUCGGCCUGGCUUUCUUUCUUGGGCGGCAUGGACGACGCUUCUCUAGGGGUGUGUGUGAAUUUUUUAACGAGAGCACGGACUCGAUUCCCAUCCCUGAACAGAUGCCACGCGGGGCCGGUUCCCACCGGAGACAGAUGCCGCAGCGGGCCCGAGGGAGGCCUCGCCAGCAGGGCGACUGGCAGGAAGAGCCCUCCCCACACGCCUCCCUCUGCCCAACAGCCGCGGACUGGGAGGGAAAGGAAGGGAAGGGACUCUCUGGCGGGACCAUCCGGAGGAGCCACGCCGCCCGCCCGGAACAGAUCUCUGUGUGGAAAGAGGACACGAGGGGGAAAGAGGGAGGAGGGCCUGCCUGUCUGUCCGUCUGUCGUGUCUGUCCUGAUGAAAUGUAGGUCAUUCCCUCCCCAGUUGUCCUGUGGCCUCCCAGAAGGGGAAACCCGCCACG